CCUUCUUACACUUCAAAGAAUUGGCAGGGUAUUGAAAUAGCUCACUCAGGUCACGUGAUUGCCGCCCAUAGCACGUCCAGACCCAGACCCAGCCGGUUAAGCCCCAAGUAUUUCCGUAUAUCUCUCUCUCUUCACCAGUCACCUUCCGAGCAAAUAUCACCACCACACUUACGGUCGGCUACCAGCUCUUUCACCACAAAAAUCCUGCUACCUGUUUAUCGCAGAAAUGUCACAUAUCAUUCAUAAUUCAAUGGCUUGACCCGAAUAACUCGAACAAAGAACGAUGUUCUACAACGCCCUCAUCCGAACCCACCACAUCACCUCCCGCAAAAAGGUGUCUGCGCUGAAACGCGCUGCCGAUAUACACAAUUGCUUCGUGCUUCUACGCUCCGGUGGUUGUCCAGGGAUAAUGUAUGUCGAGGCGAGAGACCAAACCGCUGUUGAGUCUUGGGUGACUGUCGUUCGAAAACUUCGGUACAAGGAUUUUCAACUAGCCAUGCGACCAGGACCCCUCCACGACGAGAAUCAGACAGACCUUCGUGAUCAGAAGCAGUCACACCACCAGACAAGAAUGAGGGAUAUAAGAGCCGGUGUAUCUGAGGUAGAAACCGUCAAGGAGUUUGGGAGUUUAAUGGAACAACGAGGUGUCUGGAAAUGGUGGAGAAAGGGGAUGGGAUACGUUGGUUGAUUUUGCGAUCGCUGCAAGUGCAUACUCAACUCAUGGAUUGGGCUCUCCUGAUGGCUACCUAUGCCCGUGAAUAUCGUCCAGUCCGGCUCUCUGCAAGAUCUGAGACCCUGGACUCGCGGUUUUGAAAUCAGCAUACUGGUCAUCACAAUUGGA